AUGCAAAAAAAAUUUGAGUAAUUAUUUGGAAGCUUAAGCUGUGUUUUGAUCAUUUUGGUUUGCGGUGACUUUAAGGUUUGGAGCAUCAUAAACACUUACGCAUACAGCUAUUUAAGACAAUACAAUACCUCUCUCUAAAUGAAUGAUGUAAAUGAAAUAUUCUUUUGGAUCAGUUUUGCUACAAAUACAGGCAUUUAAUGUGGAUUAUAUUUUGCUUAUUAGUUUGGCUUCAGAAAAAUGCUCAUAAUUAAUGGAUUAAUAUGCUCUAUUUUUGUUUUUUGCUCUUCCUUUUGUACAAAUUUUUAUGCUUUUACCUUUACAUUUGCAGUUGGUAAUGUAUUUUUUGCUGGGAUGAUAUAUUUAAUAGCUUUUGAUAGAGCCUAUAAGAUUUUUCCGACUCACAAAGAAAUAACAAGUGGAUUGCUUAAUGUUAUAUUUGGAAUUGGUUUACUUGGUUAAGGAGAAUUAUAUUUCUUAAUGAUAAACAAAGAUGACACUCCUCUUGUUGAAGAAUAAGAUUAUUAUCCUCCUGAAGUAGCUAAUAACUUACCUUGGGCUCUCAGAUACAUUUCUAUUAUUUAUGCAUCGUUUGUUAUCAUUUCAUUAAUAUGUUAUAGAAAAAAUCUAUUUGAAGAAUAAAUCUCACCUUCAUGUGACAGUGAUAACUUAAUCGAUCAAGAAUCAGCUCCUUCCAGCGACACAUCUAGUUAGAUAAACUAAAAUUAGGAGGUAAAUGAAGAACAUUAAGAAUGCUAAUCAUUUAGAGAGGCUUUUUUGAGUGUUUCAUUUGUUAAAGUUUUUUUUAUUCUCUUCUUUCUUGGUAGUUUUGGAACAAUGAUAAUCGGUAACUAUAGACCAUAUGGAUAACAAUUCAUAAGCAGUGACUCAUAUUUAACUUUAGUAGGUACCAUUUCAGGGUUAUGCAAUGGCUUUAGUGGCUUGGUUUGGGGUCCAAUUCUAAAAAAAAUAAAUUAUAAAUACGUUAUUUAUAUUCUGUUAGGUAUUAAUGCUAUAGCCUCUUUUUGUUAUCCAAGUAUAUCAUAAUAUCAAGGGUUAUUCUUCUUUUUUACUGCUCUUUCAAUAUUUACAUAUGGAGGAAUAUAUUGUGUCUUUCCAAUUAUGGUUUUGAAUAUUUAUGGAAAUAAAAUGGGUACUAGAAUGAUAGGAAAUUUUUACUAAGCUUUAACUUUGUGUAGCUUAUUCUAGUACAUUUUCCUUAAGUAUGAGAGCGAUUGGAAUGUUGUUUUUUAUACUUAUGGGUCAAUGAGCUUAUUUGGUUUGAUAAUUGCUUUGAUUUUCACUCCUUAAAGAGUAAACUGGAAGGUUAAAGUACCUUUAAGCAAUUAAGAAAGUUGA